GGUUGGAGGGUUGCUCCAGAGGCGAGAGAGAGCGGUGUCGGCAGGGCUGCCGCCGCCGUCGGUCAACGCGCACGUACCACGGGGUUCACACCCAUUUCGCGCUGCGGACAUCUCGCGCUGUCCUCCAGGUUCGGCCUCGACGUCGUCCGCGAGGCGGAUCACCACCACUACCCCCACCGCUCAUUCUCUCAAGUUAGUCGGACUCGCGAUUCGGCUGGGGGUUCGAGACGUUAUGCCGCUCCCGAGAUGCAUACACACACUGCGCGGCACCGAUUAGGGUGGUGGUUUGCGCGCGUGACGGAGGAGGGUGAGAAAUAGAGCACGGCACAGUUGCGUGUGUCUUAACCUGGAGACCCGUGACAGGAGAGAGAGAGAAAGAGAAAGAGAGAGGGGGGGAGAGGGAGAAAGAGAGAGAAAGAGAAAGAGAAAAGGAGAGAGAGAGAGAGAAAGAGAGAGUGUAUAAGUGCGUAAGUGCAGCGUUUUGUGUGGGAGUCGUCCGAGAAUAAUCGUAAGAUUUGAAUCGUAGACUCUCCGUUCGGAGAAUCCGAGAUUUCCUCUCGACGGAGAUCUCGACGUUGAUCCUCAGUGAGAAGGGACGGGACACGAGGGUGUCGCCGACAGCUGAGAAGAUAUUAAAGCGCGGGCGAGGAGUGCCGAAAGUCGCGGGACACAUCGGUGGCGCGGUGAUGUCGAACGCGAGAUCCUCGCGGGAGCUCAUUGCACCAGGUUCGAUCCUCGCCUUCGUGCAUCGCCGCAUUACCUGGAGCGACACGAGGGACGUCCUGUCGCUUCCGCGAGCGUGAUUUAAGCGUGAUUAAGUGUCCCAUUGGAAGAAUUAUACGUGGAAGAAUUAUAUGCCGGAAGAAACAUAAGAACAGACCAAUUUCGAGAUUUCGCGAUCGCAGAUCGAUCUGAUUUAAGUAAACGCGCGCACAGCAAUUUAAGCGCGUACAUCAAUAAUACACGCGCUGCGAGAGGGAGAGAGAAAAACAGUAGGAUAGUAAUUGCGUAAGGGAGUGAGAAAUACGCGCGAUGGUCUCGAUCGUCGCCGAGGAAUCCCACGUCAAGUCCAGGACAUCGUGCAUCCCCGCGCUACUUGCCAGAUGCUCCGUAACGAUCGUCGUCGAUGUGCGACCGCACGAAGGGUGGUAGCGCGGACAGCAAGAUCGGAGGAGCAAAAGCAGCAGCAGCAACAACAGCGACGGCAAUAGCAGCUGGUCGGAGCUAAUACGCGUUUCCGCCGCGCGGGGGUUGAUACAGUGGAUGCGGAACGACGGGACGAUGGCCGGUGGUGCGUGCACGGAAGCGGCACAUGAAACGUUAGUCGAAACGGUGAUCAAUAAUAAGACACUCCGGCUCGUCGAGGGAUUGUGAACCGGCGAUCGCUCUUUCUCACGUUGUGGCUCGCGAGGUACGUCGCCGUAAGGAUGUAGGGGGGCCUGCAAUAACGGGCCCCGUAGAGGCGCCGCUUCGUUUUCUCUCCGCUUCCCUCACGACGAUCGCUAGAACGAUCUAACGACGGGGAAGCUAAAGCGCACGAUAAUAAAAAAAAGGCGAAAAAAGAGUAUAAUACGUAAUAAUAAAAUCGUGAUACCAGCGGAGUGUUAAACUUAAAGAUAAUUAUGUGUUCCUUAGUCCAUCUUUUAGGUGGCUCCAAGUUAUCGAGCGUAUAUCGUAGUUCUCGUCGUAGUAGCAAUUUUCUUAUACCACCCUCGAGUGGAGCAUAGAUGCCUUAGUGUCCGUUUAGCGAAGAGAGAAAGAGAGAGAGAGAGAGAGAGAGAGAGAGAGAAAAGGAAGGAAUAUUGGACAUCCGAUGAACGAUCGACGAUCUCGCGAUUGUAAAUACAGCGAGCAUGGAAGACGUGAUUAAAUACACGUAUAUGAUAAAGAAAAGCCACUACGAAACGGAAAAUUAAAGGAAGAACGAACCGGAGAAAAAAGAAAGAGAGAAAAAGAAAGAGGGAGAAAGAAGUGCGUUCCGUGUCGUAUGAAAAAUAUAUAAUCGUUAUUAACCGGCCGCGAAGUAGGUCACAAGGUCGAUACUAAAAUGAAGUGAAGAUGCAAGAGGAAACCGGGAAAAUGGCAUGUGCUAACGACGUUAAUAACGGCGGACCGAUUUUUCGGGGCGGACCCGGCGUAGUGUGAAGUAAUUAGUGCACGUUGCGCGGGCGUCAUUCGCGCGGAGUGUCGCGCGAGGUAAUCUAAUAGCUACCCCUAUGUACGGCGGAUAAUUACUAGCGAAAAUGGUCGAUGCAUACCUAGGAGGAUACGUUAUUUUACUGACGAGUGACAACGGGAGGGUCAAGCUUUACGGAUCGCCGGCAGAUAAUGGCACUCUGGAAGUGAGCGAUGAAAUUUUAGAAGUGAACGGUCGCACCUUGGAAAAUGCAACUCAUACCGAAGUCAUUCAAUACAUACAUGAGUGCAUCGACUCUCGAACAAUAUGUCUGCGUCUUCGGAGAAGCGGAAACAGGAACGUGGAAGAGCUGGACGGGCCGAACGGGAGUGGGCGGAUACGAGACGCCUGGGUUAUCGCCGUCGAAAGGAACGCGAGGGAGAGGCUGCAGAAAUUGACGGCACUCCAGAAGAUCCAGCCGCGCGACAUCCAUAGCAUUUUACAUCAGCGGACAAUAAAUUCGGUAGCGUCCACGAGCGAAGACUCCACUUCAAAAGACGUAUCGAAUGGCCAAAUUACGGUUACUUUGGCGGACAAGGAAUUGGAGACGAAUUCUUUCUCCACCAAACUUAGCAACGGUACGAUUCCCAAGGGAUUAGGAAAAGAGGCGGACAUCCGAGUGGAAAACACCUCGCAAGAACGGAAGGACGCUUUGGAAAAGCAACACAGCUGCGAAGAGGCGAACCUCUUGCAACCGGUACAGAGCGGAAGAAUCGGGGAACGACGCUCGAGCAGCCCUUUCCAAAAUGGUCGGACGGAAGUGCUGAUUGGCGAACCGGAGGGUGGCCCGAGGUCGCCGCGGGGAUCGACGUCUUCGGCGGUGAACGACGGCAAUUUCCUGAAUCCACCGGACGAGCGAGACGAACCAAUUUGCAGGUCCCGAAGACGUAGCGGUAGUGGCGUGACGGACAUACACUCUCAGCAACAGCAGCAGCAAUUGCAGUUGCAAGAGAACAACAAUUCGCGCGAACAACAACUCGUGCGAACAACAAGCUCGCGCGACGCGAAGAAGCCGCAGGAGGGACUGGGGCCCGAUGAGAUGUGGGCCCCUGGCGCCCUGGGCCAUCAUCGGGAGCUACCUGUUGAUGUGCCCGACACCCUUCUACAGAAGGCCUAUCCCAACAAGGCCGGUCUCAACGGGGUCAAGCCUGCCAUCCCACCGCGCGAUCAGAAGAGGGCACCUGCCAGACCGCCGAAAGAUAAUCUGCGCCUCUCCACGCAGAACAAUAAUGUUGAGACGAGCGAUAACGCCAACGCCGAGCCGACACAACAACAGCUUCAUUCUAUUAGGAAAUAUCAGGAGCAGUUACGAAAACGGAAAGAUGAGGAGGAAAGACAGGAAAUGCUCAGCCGUUCUCUCCGUGGCUCUAAAAAGCUCCAAGCUUUGGAGAGCCACGCAACGAGCCUCAGUGGCCAGGAAAAUCUUGCUUACGCACAGGACGAGGUGACCACCGGCGUCAGUCGAAUUACACACGCCACUCCUAAUGCAGUCCAAGAAGUGGAGGAGCCGCCCAGGCCUCUUACAUACGGCGAGGUCGUUGCUACGCUGGAGAGGCUGCAGCUCCAACUGCGGAAUAUUUCAGGUGCUCUUGGUAUUUCGGGUUCAGGUGUUGAAGCCGAGCUCGAGGCUGUCCGAACACUUUUAGUGCAGAAUCGAUUUGCGUCUGCCCUGGCGACUCGUCAUACUUUAAAAAGUCGGCUAAGGGCGAGCAAGAUUUUCAAACAUCAUGCUGAUGAUGCAUCGAGUUUAGCACGAGAUUGCGUGGACAUCCUUGAAAAAUGGCAAUCGUCGUCGACCGCAACAGGUGUCGGUGGAGCAGAAACAAUAGCCGCCGUGGAAGAGUUAACGAGUAUUCUAACAAGUUACGACAUGGAGGCUCUGCUUCUGGCGCACGACUCUAUCGUUUCCUACGUAGAAGGUUUACAAAGGAAGCAAAGCCCGUCCUCUCCACCCAGUGGUCCGCCCAGUCCGACGUCUAGUUGGAAAGAUUCCCGUGUAGUCGACAACAUUAAAAUUAUCCGAAUUGAGAAAACUAACGAACCUCUAGGUGCUACCGUCAGAAACGAAGGAGAUGCGGUAAUCAUAGGACGUGUCGUUCGCGGUGGUGCGGCAGACAAGUCAGGACUCCUACACGAAGGCGACGAGGUUCUCGAGGUGAACGGAGUAGAAAUGCGCGGCAAGACUGUCAACGAAGUUUGUGAUAUUCUCGCUGGCAUGCAGGGUAGUCUCACGUUCUUGGUACUUCCGGCUCCAACGAAUCACAGAAAUAAUUUAAGGAGAGAAGACACGACCCAGAUACAUAUACGAGCGCAUUUCGAUUACGAUCCCGAGGAAGACCCGUACAUACCGUGCAGAGAGUUGGGCGUGAGCUUCCAAAAGGGCGAUAUACUCCAUGUAAUUUCCCAAGAGGAUCCAAACUGGUGGCAGGCAUAUCGAGAAGGUGAAGAGGAUCAGACACUGGCUGGUCUAAUACCUAGCAGAGCGUUUCAACAUCAGCGAGAAUCCAUGAAGCAGACGAUAGCCGGCGACAAAUCGACGAUGCGAGGUUCGAAAAAAUCCAGCACACUAUUGUGCGCGAGAAAAAAUCCAAAGAAGAAAAAACGAAACAAGUUCGGCGCGAACUUCAAUGACGAUGGAUACCCACUUUACGCGACAACUGCCAUAGACGAUUACGACAGCGAAGAAGUGCUGACGUACGAGGAAGUCGCCUUAUACUAUCCUCGUGCAAAUCACAAGAGGCCAAUUGUACUCAUCGGACCACCCAACAUCGGACGACACGAACUUAGGCAGAGAUUGAUGCAAGACAGCGAACGUUUUGCUGCAGCGAUACCACAUACAAGUCGUCCAAAGAAAGAUUCCGAAGUCGAUGGGCAGGAUUACCAUUUUAUUUCUCGUGCUCAGUUCGAGUCUGAUAUUCUUUGUCGGAAAUUCGUCGAGCACGGCGAGUACGAGAAAGCGUACUAUGGCACGUCCGUGGAGGCCAUCAGGACAGUGGUUAAUUCCGGGAAAAUCUGUGUCUUAAACCUGCAUCCUCAGAGUCUCAAGAUCCUGCGAAAUUCGGAUCUAAAGCCGUAUGUUGUGUUUAUCGCGCCUCCGAGUCUCGAGAAGCUUAGGCAGAAGAGGAUCAAGAACAACGAAAGCUUCAAAGAGGAAGAAUUAAAAGACAUAAUCGAGAAGGCCCGUGAGAUGGAGGAUAAGUAUGGCCAUCUGUUUGAUAUGCUUAUCGUCAACAACGAUACGGAUCGGGCGUAUAACCAGCUUCUCACGGAGAUUAAUUCACUCGAGCGAGAACCUCAGUGGGUGCCUGCGUCUUGGGUUCAGUAACUUAAGCGGUCUUAAUCGCCGCGCUUAAGACGAGCGUUUCUGUACGUGUCUCGACGGUGAGGACGGCGAUCGGAGGCCAGUAUUGCGGUAUCUGUUUGCAAGACAAGUGCUUUUACGCAAUUUUCCAAGUAAGACUUCAAGCAAGUCUGAUAGAAACUCGGAGAACUGGUUCUUCUACAGGUGCCUGUUACAUAGUUUUAUGUUUCUUACGCAAAUCUUAAAUCUUCCCCGGUUAUUAUAUUGCAAGUACUACUCGCCUGACAGAGUCUUCCGCGCGUGUUGUCGUACUUUGGUGCCAUGAAAAUGACGGAGAAUCCUCGAAAGCAAUCUUCAAAGGGAGAAAAGGAAGAAGAGAAAUAGAAAAGAGAAUGAAUGUUCUACAAAAAAUUUUCACAACCUCUGUGACGAACUACUCCUCGACGUAGAUUCUUGCAUUUGUUAUAAAAGAAAAAAAGAAUAUGGUGUUUAUAUACCACCGUGAAAGACGACAGUUUUCGAGGCUUGAUUGCAUCAAUGAUGUUUCGAAUUUAAGCGAAUAUGUGAAUCAAAUCACGGACGAUAAUCGGCCGAAAAACUUAAAUUUAAGUUUCGCUUAAAUUUUAAACAGAUUUGCUGCAGUUUAGUUUACUUUUGGUAUCCGAAGGUAAUUCCGACUGAAAUACGUUCGUACGUCGAAGUUUCAGAGGUAUUUACGAUUAAAUUCUCAUGACUGACCCAUUCCCCAAACGAUUAACAUUAUUAUAUUAGAUGCGCGAGUAUACAAAAAGUAUCAUCUUCUCGGUGCGCCAAAGCACAUCUGCCGAGCGUUUUGCUCUUUCUACAUAUUAGCCCGUUCUACGAGAGGAAGUGUACCUGACCUGAUGUCUCCUAACAGUGAAAAAUUUCUAACUCGGGGGACUCGUGAAAAUAUCGUGUAAUUUUCUAUGAUCUACGCACAUACGUUUUGAUAAAUUUUGAUAAGUGGAACCGGAGCUUCGAUCCAGAUUUUUUAAAAGAUUCUCAUUCAGAGUAGCACGUGCGAAUAUAUUAACGUGAAUGCAUUAUUAACUCCGCGUAAUGUAAUUAAUUCUUUUUACUUUUAUCGUGAAUCAGUCAUAUACAUAUAUAUCCAACUUUUGCAUACGAUUAUAGAGAGUCACACGUUUUUUCACGUGAAAUUUUGGUUAGAAAUUUUUAGCAGUCCUGUUAUUCUAACCAAGCGGAAGCUCUUAAUAUAAAGGAAGAAAAAAAAUAAUUCCGAAACGACGAUCCCACAAGCAUAACGACGCACUUUAUGCGUUUCUUCGAACGCAAGAGGAAACGUCUGCGAUGUCGAAAAAGGCGAAACUCGCUAACGUUUUACCGUUCGCCCUAGACAUUUCGUGUUUGUUUAGAGAGCAGAAACUCGUGUUUCGAACCCGUAGAUUCGUUAAACGCAAUAGACUUAGGCUCGACUGUGGUUCGGUAUACAAGCUUUUGAAAAUUUCGCAUAAAACAAUUGUUUCUUCUGAGUGUUUUUUUACAGGGAGCGAUUAUUACGCAACGCGAUCGAAUAGGAUAAAAGAUGUUUAUCUAUGUCAUUGUAUCUCUACGAAAAUAAGGAUCGAUGCGAAAUAGAAAAGAAAAAAAUGUGUAGUAGAGAGAGAGAAAGACCAUUGUGGUUUUUCAUUGGAAAUUAUUCGAUAAAUGCAAGUGCGCGGUGUGUAUCUUAUAAAUAUUCUUGCGUUAGCAAUAAUUGUGUAUUAUAUCGGAAAGUAACUUUUCUGUAUUUUUUCUUUUCUUCGAUGACUUUAAGAGCUCCGGUAAAUUCGGCAAAGAUGUGUCGUUCGUAUAGAGAUUGUGGGCUACUGUGUCGUGAUUAGAUCAACUGUGUAAUGUUAGUCGAUCCAGAGAGAAAAA